AUGACCGACCAAGACAUGAACGUCGCAGUCAAGAACUUCCUCGGCAGCCCUCGCUUUGCUGUUGCAGGCGCAAGCAGCGACCCCUCUAAGUUCGGCCACAGAGUGUUCGCAUGGUACCUCCAGCGCUCUCUACCCGUCACACCACUCAACCCAUCUCGACCAAGUGUCUCCGUGUCGUCUAAGGACUACGAUACCGUACCUUCGCCAUCAGCUUUACAACAGCCAAAGGAAACGGCACUGAGCGUCAUUACACCUCCCAGCGUCACCAAGAAGCUCUUACAAGAGGCCAAAGAGGCCGGCGUCAGAGCCGUCUGGCUUCAGCCAGGUAGCUUCAACGACGAGAUUCUCGAGUACGCCAUGAAGGAGUUCCCAGGCGCAGCAGUGGGUGGAGAUGGAGGCAGGGGUGGAGAAGGAUGGUGUGUACUGGUGGACGGAGACAGUGGACUCAGAGCUGCUGCAAAAGAGCAAGGCCGUCUGUAG